AUGCUUUCACGCGCGAUGCGAGGUUCCGAAGGGCGCUCUAAUGGACAUCGGGAUCAAGAUCAAGUUGUGAUGAACGAGAUACAAAAUGCACCGCCUUCAUGUGAUUCCAAACCUUCCAACGAGCCAUCGUCCUUUUGUUUUGAAUUUGAGAAUCGAUCGCCGGCCGAAUCACAAUCAAAUUCAGCCUCAAGCUUAGGAGAAGGGACUCCAUCUUUGAGUCACGGUAAACAGGGAGUAAAACCUAGUCCCAUGCAGUGGUUUAUUCCAAUAUUCUUUGGAUGGGAAAACGAAUGGACCGAGAAACGAUGGAUCGAAUUUACUGGUAAAAAGAAUACCCCUCAGCCCGACAAUUCGCACACGAAUGAAGAAAAACCCACCGGAUAUUUGAUACCUAUACCUUUUGAUCGGUAUUCUGGUAUGGAAAAGGCUAUAAAAGAAGAAAGUUACAAAAGAGCGACUAUUACAGACUCAAGUCAGGCUGGGGGCGCGUCUGAAAGAACACGCCAGAUGACGCGGAGCGCGCCCAGAAAACUCAGAAAGUAUGCAGGCGUGCCCAAAAGUACCAUACUGGGUUUGGCUGUUCCCUGCAUCAAGGUUCAUGUGGUUAUCAGGGUGGAUGGAAAACAAACAUCUGAAAGACCAAUCAAGACAACAACAAACACACAAAAGACGUGA